CUGUGUUCCCUUCCAUCCCCUCCACUAAUCCAGUACCUCACCUCUUCUCUACCUGAGACACCACACCUGUACCUUGCCUCCCUCCCUCCUUGAACAGUGGUCUGGACACAUACCAAUCAUUCCAGCCGAAUUCUGCAUUACCUGCGUGCUUUCUUUGUGGGCUAGGAUGUGGGAGGCGGAGAGACAAGGGACACGGAAAAGCUAAAGUCCCAACAUUGGAACAGAGUUGUAUCACAGAAUGUGAAAAAAACAUCCUUUUUGGAGAAUUUGGAGCGGAACAAGCUAGCACAGACCUAGAUCUUCGUAAGAUCAGAAAUGUACGGGUGUUUUGCAAUCAUAUUUUCUAAUGCUUGACCCUUCCGCAGUCAGGUCCCAUCGCACAGGCAAAAUCUCCAGGGAGGAGUCUGACGCCUCCUAUACCGUCCUGUCCUACAACUCUUCAGAUCUCCAGCUGGUCGCUGUCAUCUCUUCAGGUGCAACGUACAGAGGGACUUAGGCUUGGGACCCAAAAGAAGCCGCCGAGAAGGGGUAAACGCCAAAAUGUUCAAAGGACAAAGCAAAUCUCCUACAAAGUCUCCGACAAAGUCUCCUACAAAGUCGCCUUCGAAAUACAGCAAGGCGACUGCAAAUGAACUAUCUCUGUUGAUUGCUCGCAUGCAAAAAAAUGCUGACCAAGUGGAAAGAAAUAUCCUGGAAACGAGUCAAAAACUAAAGCAGGAUGCUGGAAAUUAUGCCAUGAAGAAUGCUUUUCAGCAUCAGCAAGAAAAUGCUAAAAGUCUGAAGGAUUCUGAGAUGCUGCUUAAGGAUCUGUUCUUGGAUGUGGACAAAGCAAAGAAAUACGGACAUCCGCAGGCAGGCGAAAUAGAAAACGACAUCCGCCAGCUGCAUGAACGAGUGAGCCAGGAGUGUUCCGAAUACAGAGAUGUGUAUGAGAAACUGAACCUUGUCCCUCCAGAGCCCACAGUGAACUGGCCACAGAUCUUGGACAGUAAAAAGCAACAAGUAAAGGAAGGUCAGUAUGGACCCAGCCUUGCCGACGUGGAGCGUCAAAUCGCAGAACAUAAUCUGUUACAGCACGAGAUUGAUGAAUAUGGCGCAGACAUACGUAACCAACCCCAGGGAAUUAAGAACCAGUAUCAAGAUGUUAAGGAGGCUGUCACGUGGAGGGGUCAGUACCUCAGCAGCCUAUAUAACCACCUCCAUGGCUGCACCAAAGAGCUGCUCUACCUGAACGAAGAACAGAAUAGAAUCCUAAAACAGGACUGGAGUGACCAGAUACCCGACCUUCCCGGCACCCGCAGGCAAUAUGAGCGAUUUAAAUCUGAAGAAUUGCUACCCCAGGAGGAAAAAGUGAAUGACUUACUGGAUGACGGGGAUAGGAUGGUCGAACUCAAACACCCAGGAAGCAGCUGUAUCUUGGCACACAAUGAGGCUCUGAAAGGAGAGUGGCAGAAUUUUCUAAACCUAUGUAUCUGUCAGGAGAACCAUCUAAAGAAUGCCGAGGAUUACAAGAAGUUCCAGGAUGAAGCUGAUUCUGUUUCCGAGAUCAUAAAAAACACCAACCACAAUCUUGAAACCAAAUACAGUCAACCCAACCUUAGCAGCCCAACUGAGCUCCAGCUACAGUUGGGCAAGGAUGAGAAACAGCUCAUACAAGCUGAGAAAACUUUAGCUGGCCUCAAACAGAAGAGCCCAGAGAUUGUGCCUAUUAAACAAAGAAGGAUCAGGCCAAAACAACCUACGCAAGUGGACACAAUAUGUGACUGGGACUCGGGAGAUGUCCAGCUUACGAAAGGUGACACCUACACUCUAAAAGACAACAGCAAGAAAGAAAGCUGGGUUGUGCAGAGUCCUGAUGGAAAGACUAUAAAUGCCCCAGCCACCUGCUUCGUGAUUCCACCCCCAGACUUGGAGUCGAUUGAUAGGUUGAAGAGGUUGGAAGGAGAUCUGAGUGAUGUAAAGAAGAAAACAGCAGCAGUGCAAAAUACCCUAAAAUCUAGCACUCGCGAGCCUACUAGACCCAACCAGAUGGCUCCUGUAAGCGCUCCUCCGAUACCUCCAGCAAGGACAUCUAGCGUACCCACUGACCCUCAAAGUGAACAGAUUCUCAAAAAAUUGGACAAGAUCUAUGGAGACCUACAAGAUACUGAACAGGAUGUACUGUCAAGGUUGCGUUCACCUGUCAGCCGGUCUUCGCCUAGUCAGGACAUUACUGGGAGGCUGAAAGACCAAGAGGCAACUGCUCGGAAGCUGCAGGGUAUUGCAUCCGAUAAAGAUACAGUUCAGAAGGAAUGUGAAAGCUUCCUGUCUAAGAAGCCAUCGGGCCCGGUAGCCUCUCAGCUCCCAAGCUCCCUGACAAAAGUCAGCAACAAAUACAACGAUGUCAAGGCUCUGACAUCCUUCUAUGGAGAAGAAGCUAAGGCAUCCCUAAACCUGGAGAAUCAGAUCAAGAAGACAGAUGAAAUGAUCAGUGGAUUUGAAGGAAGGCUGGCAAAUGAUGGCGUUAUUCAAUAUUCUCCCAGUGCCCUGCAGGACAAAGUCACUGAUAUCCAGAAAACUAAGCGAGAACUUGUGAGCAAACAAGACAAUCUCUUGAAGCUGAAUCGGAGUUUAAAAGACACAGAGCUAGCAUGCAACGCAUUACAGAGCAACACGCAAGAGCACAGCCCCGACCUCCCCCGCCAACGAGCAGAAGUCCAAAGAUUAAAUGAUCGCUACCAUGCUAUUGCUGACCAGCUUGAUCAGAGAGAGAAGAUUUUGAGAGAUGCCAAUUUGCCGUACCAGCAAUUUAAAUCCUCCAGCGACAGCUUGGACACCUGGCUUAAAAGUCUCCCAAGGAAUCAAGUGAACUCAUCGGAUAGUCCCAGCCAGGUCAAUUAUAAACUCCAGUCCCAAAAGAGGCUGGUGGAUGAGAUCCAUAGAAAAGAGCCAGAGAAAAACAACAUAGUGAAAUUAUCCCAAGGCCUUGUGAAUACACUAGAAGAUUAUGGCGCACUUAAUGAACGGUAUCGCUCAACUCUAGAUCCCAACAUUGAAGCUACUGAUCCUAAAAGGACUCGGAUCACAACAUUGCAAGAUGGGAUUUUAAAUCAGGAAAAGGAUUUAGUGAAGCGUUACACAGAGACUGAGGUGGAAAGCAAGCAACAGCUGAACCAGAUGACAUUUGCAAAGAAUAUUCUAGACAAGUCAGAUACUCAGGACGGAGUUAAAGUAACAACACAGAACAACCUGCGCUCAGAAAAUACACGGAGAUCUGUUCAAGAGUCAGAGACCCUUUUGAAACAACUGGAAGAAGAGAAACAAAAAGUGGGUGAAGUGCAACAGUCACUAGAAGAAAACAGAAAGAGGCUUCUGCUAUUAAAGACUCAAAGACCUGUAGAAAGACUGGAGGAGAAGGAGGUGGUGCAGUAUUACAGAGACCCAAAACUAGAAAGUGAGUUGGUAAAACUAAAAAGCCAAGCAGAACAAGCAUAUAAAGGCAGAGAAAUAACACAAACAGAGAUAGAAUUGGUUAACAAAAAGGUAGUUACAUUGGAGAACCAGAGAAAGAGCAUCAAACCUCAGCUUCUCACCAAAGAGGUCACACAGAUUGAGCGGGACCCUAGCCUAGAAUCUCAGGCAACAACAUUAAAGAAAGACAUCAAAAGUAUGAAAGAUGAGAACAACUCAAUUACUGUGGAACUAGAAAGUCUAAGGAAAGAGGUCCUGUUGCUAGAGAAGAAACAACCAAAUAUUGUAGAAAAAGUGGUUGUAAAGGAGGUGGUGAAACUAGAGAGAGACCCUGAGAUAGUAAAGGCUACUAGAACUUUACAAAUGCAGAUUGAUGAAGAAAGCUUCCAAAGAAAGUCUCUUCAGGACAAUAUUUUGAAGCUGAAGAGGAGGACAGAAGAACUGGAGAGAACAAUUGGGUUAGUGGAACCUAAGGUCAUAGUAAAGGAGGUAAAAAAGGUGGAGCAGGACCCAGAAAUACUAAAACAGGCUGCCAGGCUUAAAACUCUCAUAGAAGAAGAGCAGAAAAAGAGCGUGACCCUAACUCGUGAAGUGACAGAACUUCAGUCAAAGUAUGUAGUGGUGGACAAACAGAAACCCAAGGUGGAAAUCAAGGAACGGGUCAAUGAAAUAUUUGUUGUGGAGCCUGAAACUGAGAAAGAGAUUGCACGUUUGAAGAAUGCCUUGCAAGAUAUAGCUUCAAAAAAAUCUUUCCAAGAGAAAGAGGUGAGCACAAUUCGCAAUGAUGUGAUUCUUUUACAGUCACAGAAGCCUGUAGUGGAAUAUAAAGAAGUGGUUCAAGAGGUAGUGAAGCUUGAGAGGACCCCAGAGGUGUUAAAGGAGAAUGAGAGGCUGAGAGGACAACUCGAUGAACUUGAAAAAAACAACAAUAGAUAUCUGGAGCAGAAGUCGAAACUUUCUAAAGAAAGAGAUGACUGGAAAAAGGAAAGGUCAAAAGUGGAGACGAAAACUGUCAACAAGGAGGUGGUCAAGUAUGAAAAUGAUCCUUUACUGAUAAAGGAGGCAGAGCGCUUGCGUCAGGAAGUACGUGAUGAGUCACAGAAAAGGAGAGCAAAAGAAGAUGUAGUAUAUGACUUGCAAAGCAAGUAUCUGCUUCUGGAAAGGAGGAAACCAGAGGAAAGAGUGGUAGUGCAAGAAGUAGUUAACCUGCAGAAAGAUCCCAAAAUAGCAGAAGAACACUACAGACUUAGCAGAACUUUGGAUGAGGAAGUGAGUAACAGACGCCGACUGGAAAGGGAGGUGCAGCACUUACGUAAUCUGGUGGAAGAAAAAGAAAAACGACUAAACUUCCAAGAAGAGAGAGAUAAAAAGUUGGCUGCAGAGAAGGAGCUGCGUCAGAUAACAAUGAGAAUCAAGGAGAUUGAAGAGCGACCUCCACCUGUGCAAGAGAAGAUUGUGAUGGAGGAAGUGGUAAAAGUGGAAAAGGAUCCUGUGAUGGAGCAAUCAGCCAAUUCACUGCGCAAUGAAUUAGAUACAGAAAGGAGCAAGAUUAUGAACAUAGAAAGAGAAUGUAAAAACCUACAGUCAAGAGUAGACAUCUUGCAAAUAGAAAAAUCACUAGAAAAAACCAUCUACAAGGAUGUUAUCAGAGUAGAGAAAGAUAAGGUACUUCACAAUGAGUGGGCCAAGCUGCGAGAACUUUAUAAUAAAGAGCGUAACGCCAGGCAACUCAAGGAAGAUGAGAACAGAAGACUCAAGGAGAAGAUUGAGAAGGUGGACUCAACAAAGAAGACAUGGUCGAAGGAGGGAGAAGAGCUUCAAAGAGCUAGAUCUAUAGCCCAACAGGAAAAAGCAGCAAUAGAAAAUGAACUGCUUGGACUCAGAAGACAACAGCAGCAGAAGAGUGUUUUCCUGAAUAAAGAGUCAGAAUUGCUAACACAGAAAGCAGAGAAUGUACGUCAGAAGAAGAUUCAGAUGGAGCAUGAGCUUUCUCGCUUAGAAACCAAAAUUCUGGGUGAAAAAGACAAAAUUUAUGAGAAGGAAAGGCACAUUCGUGAUCUACAAUCUCGCGUUAACCGAGAGGAGCGUAAUCAGGAAACACAAAUGAGAGAAACCAAUGUUUCCACAAAAAUUUCAAUCCUGGAUCCAGACACUGGGAAGGAAAUGUCACCCUACGAAGCUUAUAAGAGAGACAUUAUAGACAGGAGUCAGUAUAUCCAGUUGCAGGAAUUAGAGUGUGACUGGGAGGAGAUAUCCACCACAGGAUCCAGUGGUGAAAUAUCUGUUCUUUUGGAUAAAAAGAGUGGUAAGCAGUAUUCCAUUGAAGAAGCACUAAGGACUAAGAAUAUUACCAAAGAAGAACUGCAGAUGUAUAGGGAUGGAAGGAUCCCAAUAUCAGAAUUUGCCCUUCUCGUUGCUGGAGAAAACAGGCCCCAAUCAAUGUCUAUUGGUUCCAUUAUUGGACCUAAAUCGCCACCACCCAAUCAAACCCAAACACGCACAUUCGUUAGCCAUAAUGCUCCCAAGACUUUCCAUGAUGACAGCUUUCCUAUUGCUGGAAUUUAUGACACUACUGUUGACAGCAAAUGUCCAAUCAGAAGUGCAAUAACAAGAAAAAUGAUUGAUCCAGCAACAGCUCAGAAGCUGCUGGAGGCCCAGGCUGCUACUGGAGGUAUUAUCGACAUUAUAAAUAAAGAACGUUUUUCAGUUCAUAAAGCCAUAGACAAAGGCAUGAUUGAUGGUAACAACCUACAUAGUCUACUGAAUGCCCAGAAAGCUUUCACAGGAGUUGAGGACCCAGUAACAAAGAAACGCUUGUCAGUGGGAGAGGCUGUACAGAAAGGAUUAAUGUCUAAAGAAACAGCGUUACCUUAUUUGGUUGUACAGCAUCUUACAGGGGGUCUUAUUGAUACAAAGAAGACAGGCAGAAUCCCAGUUUCAGAUGCUGUAGAGCAGGGAAUGGUGAGCAAAGAUUUGGCUGAGCAAAUACAGGAUGAAGCAAACUAUGAGAAGACCAUCACAGAUCCAAUCACUAAAGAAAAACUGAGCUACAAGGAAGCCAUGGCUCAAUGUCGGAAAGACCCAGGGAGUGGACUUCUGUUGCUCCAAGCAGCUUCAGAAAGCUACCAGCCUGCUGUCUACCGUCCUGUGAACACCAUCCCAUCAUUGAAAUCCUACAAGUACUAGGGGAAAGGGGAACGUCCGAUAUCUAUUUUAAUGUAUUGUAAUUGAGCUGUAUUGUUGUAUCCUGUUUUAGAAUGAAUACAUCUGCUGUUAUGGAAAUACUGUGUCUAUGUUGAAUAGCGUGUGUUCCUUU